AGGCAGAAUGGCCGGUCGAGGGGGGCUCGGACGCUGCUUCCCCCCGGAGCUGUCGCCACCCCUGCGGCUGUCGCGAGGGCUGCCCUGAGCCGGGGGCUUCUCCCCCUACCUCUACCUCCCAGCUCUCCGGUGCCCGCCAGCGCGGUCUCCCCUACCGGAGGUCUCCUUCCCCCAACCCCCGACCCAGCGGCAUCGGAGGCAUGUCGUCCGGCAACAUGAAGUUCAAUGGCUAUCUGAGGGUCCGCAUCGGCGAGGCCGUGGGGCUGCAGCCCACUCGCUGGUCCCUGCGGCACUCGCUCUUCAAGAAGGGCCACCAGCUGCUGGACCCUUACCUGACCGUGAGCGUGGACCAGGUGCGCGUGGGCCAGACCAGCACCAAGCAGAAGACCAACAAGCCCACGUACAACGAGGAGUUCUGCGCCAACGUCACGGACGGCGGCCACCUGGAGCUGGCCGUCUUCCACGAGACGCCCCUGGGCUACGACCACUUCGUGGCCAACUGCACCCUGCAGUUCCAGGAGCUGCUGCGCACGGCCGGCGCCUCGGACACCUUCGAGGGCUGGGUGGAUCUGGAGCCCGAGGGGAAAGUGUUUGUGGUGAUAACCCUAACGGGGAGUUUUUCUGAAGCCACUCUCCAGAGAGACCGCAUCUUCAAACAUUUCACCAGGAAACGCCAAAGGGCUAUGCGACGGCGAGUCCACCAGAUCAACGGACACAAGUUUAUGGCUACGUACCUGAGGCAGCCCACCUACUGUUCUCACUGUCGGGAGUUCAUCUGGGGAGUAUUUGGGAAACAGGGUUAUCAAUGCCAAGUGUGCACCUGCGUCGUCCAUAAACGCUGCCAUCAUCUAAUUGUCACAGCCUGCACUUGCCAGAACAAUAUUAACAAAGUGGACGCCAAGAUUGCUGAACAGAGGUUUGGAAUUAACAUCCCACACAAGUUCCACAUCCACAACUACAAGGUGCCUACGUUCUGCGACCACUGUGGCUCCCUGCUCUGGGGGAUAAUGCGGCAAGGACUGCAGUGUAAAAUAUGUAAAAUGAACGUCCAUAUUCGAUGUCAAGCGAAUGUGGCCCCUAACUGUGGGGUGAAUGCAGUGGAGCUUGCCAAGACCCUGGCGGGGAUGGGUCUCCAGCCCGGAAAUAUUUCUCCAACCUCGAAGCUCAUCUCCAGAUCGACCCUGAGACGAAAGGAGGGCUCCAGAGAAGGAAAUGGAGUUGGGGUUAAUUCUUCCAGCCGUCUUGGCAUCGACAACUUUGAGUUCAUUCGAGUGUUGGGGAAGGGAAGUUUUGGGAAGGUGAUGCUUGCCAGGAUCAAAGACUCAGGAGACCUGUACGCGGUGAAAGUGCUCAAGAAGGACGUGAUCCUGCAGGACGACGACGUGGAGUGCACCAUGACGGAGAAGAGGAUCCUGGCGCUGGCCCGCAAUCACCCCUUCCUCACCCAGCUCUUCUGCUGCUUCCAGACCCCCGAUCGCCUGUUUUUUGUGAUGGAGUUUGUGAAUGGAGGUGACUUAAUGUUCCACAUUCAGAAGUCCCGUCGUUUCGAUGAAGCCCGAGCUCGGUUCUACGCCGCAGAGAUUAUUUCGGCCCUCAUGUUCCUACACGAGAAGGGCGUCAUCUACCGAGAUCUGAAGCUGGAUAAUGUGCUGCUGGACCAUGAGGGUCACUGUAAACUGGCAGACUUCGGAAUGUGCAAGGAAGGGAUCUGUAAUGGAGUCACCACAGCCACGUUCUGUGGCACACCUGACUACAUUGCUCCAGAGAUCCUGCAGGAAAUGCUGUAUGGGCCUGCGGUAGACUGGUGGGCCACAGGCGUACUGCUCUACGAGAUGCUGUGUGGACAUGCACCAUUUGAGGCCGAGAAUGAGGAUGACCUGUUUGAGGCCAUACUGAAUGAUGAAGUGGUCUACCCUACGUGGCUCCAUGAAGAUGCUACAGGGAUCCUCAAAUCUUUCAUGACCAAGAACCCUACCAUGCGCCUGGGUAGCCUGACACAAGGAGGCGAGCAUGCCAUCUUGAGACAUCCUUUCUUUAAGGAAAUCGACUGGGCCCAGCUGAACCAUCGCCAACUAGAACCACCUUUCCGACCCAGAAUAAAAUCUCGAGAAGAUGUCAGUAAUUUUGACCCUGACUUCAUAAAAGAAGAACCAGUUUUAACGCCAAUCGAUGAGGGACAUCUUCCUAUGAUUAACCAGGAUGAGUUCAGAAACUUUUCCUAUGUGUCUCCAGAAUUACAACCAUAGCCUUCCAAGGACUGGAGAACCUAAAGGGAAUAGAGAUUUUCCCAGGGAUUUCUUCUGUGGGAACUCCCCGGCCUCCGCCUUAGAACACCAACCUUACCAUCAAAGAGCACAUGUUCACAAGCUCUCUGAAGGAUGGAACUUCAAAAGAUCCACUAUCUCAAGUCCCAAGGGAGACAGGCCCAUGUCAGUAGUUGAUACUGAAAUGAGAUUUUUAUAAAGAUGUAUACUGUCCAACCUCUGAGCGGUUCCCAUGGCUAUUUCAAGCUUGGGAUAAACAACAGAAGCUGAAAGAAGAGAAGGCAAGAGGUAUAGAUGGUCAAGAAGUUGUGAGCCAAACAGGCUUUUGCUUCGAGAGAUGAAUCUAGACCUUCUACAGACCACGCUGUGUUUUAUUUUAAGCCAAUAAACCCUUAAUAUCACAGUCUACAAGAAGACUCUAAAUGCUAACAAAGAAGUUCCAGGUCUUUCCAAGGAAAUGGAUGGCUUUCCAAGUAGAACAGUUUACUCUGAAGAAAGGAGAGACGGGAUCCCUCCAGUUCCCAACUUAAGACCCGGGGUUGCAAACAGACGUGGGCAACUACCACAGUGUCUUGCAUCUCCUACUUUCAUUAACUAGAUAUUUAUUGAGUGGCCGGUGAAAAGGUGCCACGACCCACAGCAGCGUGAGCAGUCGAGUCGCCUUCGUGACGCUGUCCUUCAUUCUGGGGUCUGAUAACUUACCUGAAUGGGGUCUGCAUUCUGUGAAAUGCCCAUCCACAUUGCAGAGGGCAGACUUGGUUGUCAACACGUGCUCCUUCUUUCACAGAAGGUCGCUGCCCAGUCGUCCAGUCAGCAGGCACGCUUCUGGUGGUGCAUGCUGCCUGCUGACCUUGGGAAUCCGAUCGCAUCCACAUUGCUCCGGACUGACUCACUGGUGAAGAAAGUGCAUGCCAUUCAUGUCCAUGACUACAUGCGUGGCUUAUCCACUUAGAAGUUUAUUUAAGUUAUGUUUUCAGAGACAAAGAAGGUUGUUUGAAUAUACUUUAAUAAUUGGCAAUGAAUCUUGUAAACAGGGCCUAUGGCAAAGAUGGACCUUAUGUUUAACUGUGUAUGCAGUUGGAAAAUUUUAUCUGGCUGGAAAUAAAUGCAUUUUGUAGCAAAA